UAUAUAUUUUUGUAUCCAGCAUUCUAGUCACCCGGUCGCUCCAGCCACCAUGGCUGACGAAAUCGCUAAGGCGCAGACUGCAAAGCCGGGAGGAGACACGAUUUUCGGGAAAAUCAUCCGUAAAGAGAUUUCUGCCAAUGUAUUCUAUGAGGAUGAUCAGUGCAUAGCCUUCCACGAUAUUGCCCCUCAGGCUCCUGUUCAUUUUCUGGUCGUCCCAAAAAAACCCAUCACACACCUUUCCAAGGUGGAAGCUGAGGAUGCUGCGCUCCUGGGCCAUCUGAUGAUUGUGGCCAAAGACUGUGCCGAAAAGCAGGGUCUCAGCGAGGGCUACCGGCUGGUGGUGAACGAGGGGCCCCAUGGAGGCCAGACGGUCUACCACAUCCACAUCCACAUCAUGGGGGGUCGUCAGAUGGGCUGGCCCCCAGGCUAGCCGGCCCGUUCUGCUGACAGCUCAACAGUCCCCCCCCCCCCCCCCAUCCACUGUAUCUGUUAACUGACACAACAGUGAAUAUUAAUGGAGCGAUUAAAAACAGCCCAGAGCCAUUGUUAUAUUAGCUGUCAAUCCGUCACACGUAUGUUACUCUGUUGCUCUGGGAGUAAUAAAUUCCGUCUUAUCACUGAAGCAGCUGCGGAUGUUUGGUGGGGGGUGGGUUGGAAUGGUGGGCAUCGUAUAGCAUCCGAAUCAUCACAUUCACUUUUUAACCUGUAAUUACAAUUGCUAAGAGGGGGGAAUGAUUAUCACAGACCCCAGAAGAGAAUCAUUGCGUUGCUUCGGUUUUAAUUAUACUAUUCAGUAGCUAUUGUCUUCCGCUGUUGAAAGUUGAAAGUCUCUUGUUUCGUUGUACAAUGCAAGAGAUUAAAUGCAAGGCUGGAGGACAUGGCGGUAA